AAUGGAUAAUAAUAUAUAGAGCUUACUACACGAACGAAUUUCUUCGUUGACGACGAAGAGAAGAAUUGACCAUUCAUAAAAUUACAAGUAAGCCGGUAACAUGUGAAUUCGUGAGUUCAUUCGUACACGCAAUUUUUAUGUCAUCGUCGUUCAAAUUGAUUUGGAUUCGCGACUGAAAAUGUGUACAAUCUGUCCACGUAAACUUUUCUUUCCCCAUGUGCAACGAAUUGAUUAAUGAAGUUUUCUAUUCUAUGUUCAAAGUUCACGUUUGCAUAGAAUACAAAAUAUUCAAUACUGCUAAUCGACGUGAUUCGGAAAUUCUAACGAAAUUUCCAGAAGAAAAUUAGACGUGUGUCUACAUUUGACAAUUGUCCUCCGGACUUUAUCAAUAUUCGUGUGUAAAAUUCACGAUGCCGGGAAAUAUACUUUGUUUAUUAUUCCUGUUACUCUGCACUGUCAAUCGAUCGGCGUAUACUGAAAAAAAUGACAGUACUUUUGUACCUUCUCGUGAAUGGCAAACAGUACACAAAGGUCAACCAAUUCCAAGUGGCCUUCAUGUUCGUCAUGAUUUUCAAACAGGAGUCACAGAAGCUCGAUUAUUAGACGAAGAUUCUGAAAGUACCAAAGACGAUGACGUCAAUUUGCAAAGGAAAUCUUUGACGCUACAUCCAGAUGAAUCUGUUCGUACUCCUGAAGAUGUGGAUGCUGCUACGGACAAUGACAAAAAAUAUGCCGAUGAGAUGAAAAUAACAGUGGAGGAGCUGAAAGCUAGGCUCAAAAAAAUUAAUCUAUUAGACAAAGAAAUACCACCAGAAAUGAUGAACGAUCGGACUGACACUGAAACUCAUGAACGUUUCAAAAGAUAUGCGACAUUGAAACACGAGUUUAAAAAUCUUGAGAUCAACGUCACAACGGACACGGAAAUGCUGGUGACUUAUUUUGACAAAUUUGAAACCUAUCGAGACUCUAUAGUUGCAGGAUCUCUGUCUGCCUCUGCGACUGAUGAUGUUUUGCAAAUUUUAAACAGUAUUGAAUAUUUGGUUCAUCAAAUUGACAACGGGCAGACAUUUGCAGAUAUGGGCGGCAUGGCCAAGAUAAUUUCUCCAUGUUUUAACUCUACGAAUGAUGAAAUAAAAGCGGAAGCAUUGAGAGUGUUGGGUGCAGCUGUUCAAUCGAAUUUGAAAGUACAAUCGAAAGCUCUGGAACACGAUUUCGUCCAAAAACUAUUGCACAUACUAGCGACGAACAACAGAGCGACGGUGCAAUCGCGUUGUUUGUUCGCGUUGAGUGCUUUGGUUCGGCAAUAUCCAGCAGCUCAAAAAGCACUGAUAGACCACGGUGGUUUGGAACUUUUUGGUAAAAUUCUUGAAGAUGGUCACUUGCAAACUCAGUCAAGAAUAAUGAAACUGAUGGGUGAUCUUGUAAUUGAGAGAAGUGACCUUAAUGAAAUUGAGGACGAAUUACUUCGACGACAGAAAGAUCGCGAAUAUGCGAGCACUGAUUUCGAACAGAAAUUAUUAACUCACGGUUAUUGCAAACAUUUGAGCGACCUUACGAUCAAAAGUUUCAGCAACGAAGCUUUCGGCGAUUCAAAUAUUGAGGACUACGAUUUCCUCAGUGUUACACUUGACAGCAUGAUCCUCUUAGGCUCUAUUUGUAAACGCGAUUUCCGCGCGGAGAAAUAUACCCUUCUGGCUGUUAUAAACGAGGCAUUGCGUCAUUAUGAAAGUGUAAGAGAUGCAACGUCGACCGACGACGAUUAUUCGUUCAGUCAUCUUGUUUUUUUGUUAAUCAGAUUGAGAACGAGAUUGAGACUGUUCGAUGAAUCCCAUGACGAGUUGUAGACGUUUCGAUUGAUGAAAGAAUUUUUUCCGUUCGCAAAUUCGUUUCUUUAAGUAUAAGGAUGUUGUUCUCGUUAUAAUCAACCACUUUAGUUUUCGGUACGAGAACAAAAUCAUUACUUAGUUGACGAAGAAUUCAAUCUUGUUUCCUUUUUUCAACGAAGAAUUCACAAGUUUAUUUAUUUUUGUAAAAACGCGUUAUGCGAAGGGGUAUUCGUGAUCAUCUUCCAAGAUCUCUUACGCUGUCGUUACAUCAUUGCAAUUCGACGAGAUUUUGUUUCCUAAGAGCCUAACAUUUCAUCGGUAUUUUGCCAAUGAUAACUGGUCAGAUAUGUUUAAGAGCUUUUGUUAAAGACCCCGACACAAAAAAUACACACUUCAUUUCAAAAUUGGAAGGGUCGAACAAUAAAAAAAAAAUCAAUUCAACCGCGUUCCAACGCAGCAAUACUAAGACCAUUUUUAUCCUUUCGUAAUUUAUUAUUGAAGUAGAUUUCAGUUGUACAGUCUAUCGAAAACGCUACUCAACUGAAAUGAAAUGUUUAGUCAAGCCAUAAUUUUUUUUCUUUCCAAUUAUGAUCGUUAAUUUUUCUCAAGAACUUGCGGAGUAAUGGAGUAUUCGACUUAAAAAUGGAUACUUUUUAGAUCCAGCAAAGUUAAAAAUUUGUUGAAAUAGUUAAAUCCGUAGCAUCCCACCAAAAGAAAUACAUUUCAAUAGACUGUAACUGAAAUCUCUCGAAGAGUGGAAAUGAGUAAUUUUCUAUGAAAGCUGUGUACAGUGUACGAUAUUUGAAAUAUAUUAUAAUAAUCAACGAAUGAAUGAGACUGUACGUACAAUUUUUGGUGGCUGUUUGUCAAGAGGUGUGCAAAUGUUUGUCAGAAAUAAUUAUUUAAAAAGUGUAUGUAAUAAAUAAAAAAGCGAGUACUUGAUAA